UAACGGGUGAUACUGUAAGGGGUAAGUAUUUUUUUAGGGGGUAAAAAGUUGAACCACUGCAAAGUGAAACUGAUCUUUCCACUUCAAGAAGAGUACCUGGCAAGCAAGGCCCACGCCACGUACGUCCACGCCCACAGCUGCCAAGUCUCCUUGAUAAGCACUUGCCGCAAGCGUCUCGACUCAGUCGCUGCACUCCUUCGUGUAAAAUACACACGCGCCCAUUCGCCGAGACCGACUUUCAAAAUGCCGAGCCGAAACUCGCAGGAGUGGAUGCGCCUGUCCCUCCGCACGCCGGGAAUCUUCAUUUUCGGCUUGGUCAUGGCGCCCUGCGGCUGGGUGCUCAACCUGACCGCCACGGUGGCCCCCAACUGGAGGACCCUGGAGGACUUGCCCGACAGGCCGAGCAACGAGUUCAUCGAGCAGGGCAUCUGGGACAUCUGUCGCUCCGUCACCACGUCCACGUCGUCCACGUGCGGCCUGGAGGACGGCACGUACUUCGGUAACGAGAUCAUCGAUGUGGCCCAAGGGCUCAUGGUGGCCUCGCUGGUGGUCACCCUCGCGGGCCUUGCCGUGGCCAUCCCCGGGAUCCGCUGCUGGAAGGACAGGCCCAAUUGGGUGGUGGCCGGCCUUGGGGGUGUGUUAAUCUUCAUCUCGGGGGUGUUUAUCCUCAUCCCCAUCUCGUGGUACACCCACAUCCUGGAAGACAUCAGCACGGUGACGCCCAGGGUGACCGUGCGCGUGGGCUACUGCAUCGUGCUGGGUUUCAUCGGCGGCAUUUUCGAGAUCCUGGGCGGCUUCGUCAUGUUCAUCGGUAUCUGUCGCUGCUGCGGCGGAAAGAACCGCGGCGAGGUGCGGGUGCAGGAGACCGGGCGCACCCGCUUCAGCGCGCGCCCGCAAUCGCAGCCGAGACGCGUGGACGUGCCCUCGCUGAGCCGGGACCGGAGUCCCGCGCCCAGUAGCGUGCCCUACAUCCGGGACUCCCUGGACGACGACGUCUCCUUCCCGAGGGCCAAGAGCGCCGGGCCCCGAUCCGUCGACACGUCGUUCACCGGCAGGCCCUACGAUGCGGACUUGUGAGGGGGCCCACCGCUGCACGCACACGGAUACACUCACACACACUCACACGCCGAGAAAGUUGAUUAAUUGCUGUGUUUCCCAACCAUCGCUAAACCAAGAUACAUAUUUGAACUUGUUGGUUCUUUUUACCUUUUUUUAGGUUGUUAUUUACGUGACAUGUUUCACAUGAUGAAUAUCAGCUGAUAGACGAGUCACCAAUCAUCACGUGACACUGAAGGAGGCGGAAGACUUCCGCCGAAUUAUGCCAGGUAAAUAACCUUAAAAAAGAAAACUUGUCUGAGAAAAAGAACCAACAAGUUCAAUUAUAAGUAAGAGACAGAAACAACUUUAUUCGAUUAUCAAGCCACAUAUUUUCCAUGAGAAAAAUCCAGUGGUGGCAAAUGACGAACGACUCCGUUACUGUACUAUACUUUAUGCCCAUUCGACUUGAACAUUUGUUUUCUGACAACUUUUUACUUCAACUCCGUGAAAGCUGAACAUGUUAAAUUGUUAUUUUGUCAAAAUUAUAUCCUCCUACGAAGUUACCAAGUACAAAUACUUACUUACUGUCCUGGGAAAUAGGUUUUUGAUGGAUCUGCACUCUACUCGAGUAUUUUUGACAAGUUACUUUAACUUCCUACACAGUACACACACUUUGUUUCUGUACUUAAGUAGGGUUUACCUGUACUUUAGUAUUUCUGACUACUUUUUACUUUAACAUGGAGGGUUGACCUAAAUGACUCAAUGAAUCUACACAUACUUAAAGAAAAACAUUUUUGGUUUGGGGUACAAGUUUAAGUCAAAUGUAAUGUUGUGGCAGUCAAUUACUUUGUAAACGUGACUUAAGCGUUUCACGGGGUUUUCUUUUUGGUUUGGGCAGAUAAAAAAAACACAAAAUGGGGAAAAAAAAACAGCAUUAACGGCAAUGACUCAGCAGAUUCUGUAUCGCAAGAUACUGUAUUCCCCAUCCAUUGCCUUGAGACUUGAAUCCACAUUUGUACUUUUACCAGAAUAUUCUUUCACACAAGUAUCUCCACUUCUACUUAAGUACAGCGUAUGAGUACGUUUGCCGCCUCUGGAGAAAUCUCAUGGCACACCAUUGAACAAAAAUGUCAGAAAAAGUACGCAUCAAUGUACUCAAUAAUGAAGUUACACAGAGCUACUAUUAUGUUUUAUCAUCGGCAUCGGGUCUGUUGCACCGAGUGGAGGAGCAUUCAAUUGUUCUGUUUGUGAUAGAUGAACAAAGACAUGCUCACCCUCUCUGAUAAUGUUUCAGAGCACAGUGGUUGGGAAUCAUUGAUUUGUUGGACAUUAAUGCUGAUCGCCACAUGACAACAUUCUGCAUUUGGACAAAGGCUUAAAAAAACAAAACAAAAACAAAGUAACAUCCAAUCCUUUUUAACAUCAUCACUGUAGACUGAGACUGCCUUGUUUUAUUUUUGCAAGCUAAUUGAAGGUUCAAGUGGCGAAGAGAGAUCAAAUAAGUUAAUAUUGUUGAAGCCAAAGCUGUUGGAGUAUUAUUGUAAUGUUGUACCAUGCCAUGAAGGAGUCAUUUUUAAUUGCUCUUCGUUGUCGUUUUGGGGUUUGUGGAGCUAUUUGUGCCUAAAAAGCAACGCAAUCAAACAUUUUAUUGAAGGGGAAUCUUGUUUUUUUUGUUUUUUUUUUUUUUUGCGAAGAAAAUCAGCCACAUUAAGUUUGUCUUGUAUGUUCUUUUGUACAUACGUAUCAUAUUUUUCUCGAGCUAAGACAACGAACAAGCCUCUCUUCUGUUUCCAUGUAAAUAUUCCUAUACGCACUUUACGUUGAUGACACGGAGUAACGUGAUCAAGAAUGUUUUCACUGUUGUGCAAGUGCUUUAUUAAACUAUACACUGUGGCU